UUCAUUUUAAGAGGGGAUACCAAGGCCAAGAGUUCUGGGAGACGAGGAAUGGAGGUUGUGGGCUCCUUGGCAAGCGCCUUGUGUGGCUUGGCUCUGGGCCCUGCUAAGAAGAUAUGGGACUGCAAUGCCAACAUUGAAACGCUGGAGAACAAGGCACACCACAUCCAAGACAAGAUGAACGCUUUCGGUCGCCACAAGGAGCGAAAUGGACCUGGCUUUAUGUUCUCUCAAGCGGCCGAGGAAUGCUUGGAGCGUGUCAAGGAAUGGAACACCAAGGCACAAGCACUCUUGGGAUCACGCCACAACAGGAUCUGGGGGCCCAUAAAGCGGUACAAGCGGAGUAACGAGAUCGCAAAGUCCUUAAGUGCCUACGACGAUCUCCUGUCGCAGAUCCAAGGUCACGAGCAUGAGCUGAAUGUCCACAUUGAGGAGCUAAAGAAGAGGGCAUCCAGAAUCCAGGCCACGCUUGACAAGUUUAAUGCUCCCAAGCACAGGAAUCCAGAUUUCCGCUACUCUGGUGAGGCUGAGGCGUGGCUGACUGAACUGACUGAAUGGACUAAGAAGGCGCAAGCGCUUCUUGGAUCACAGGAGAAGCGAUCUGGCGCAAUUUCGGAGCUGGUACGCACUUGCGAGGACGAUCUCCUCCCGCAGAUUGAAAGGUACGAGCGAGUAGAGUUGAGAGUGAUACAGCCGAGCACCAGCUUUUCCGUACGGAGUUGUCCACAAGACAGAGGUCUCGUAAACUAUGUACGGCGUGGUGUUCCCGAGCCCAACGACAUGUUUGGCCGCCAUGGGGAGCAGCUGGAUGAGGUGGUGAAUGCCCUCCUGGAUCCACAAGCCCCGGGGAAAUGGUUUGGACUCCUGGGAAUGGGAGGGUGUGGCAAGACCACCCUUGCAAGCUUCGUGCACAAUGACGAGAGGAUCCGGCAGCAUUUCCAUGACAACAUUGUGUGGAUCACUGUCAAGAAAGAUGCAUCGGAGGAUGAUCUCAGGGCCCAGCUCCUCAACGCUCUUGAAUGGGGCGGCAUGAGAGAGAGGGCCCAAAAUGCAGGCACCCUUGAGCAUGUGCAGCACUUGGCACAAAAUGUUGCUCGUGGAAUUUGUGUCUUGCUGAUACUGGAUGAUGUGUGGGACAUGAGCUGGGCCAAGGGACUGGAUUUUAUAGCAGGGCCGUCCUCUUACAGCCGGGUGCUGGUAACAACCAGAAAGGAAGGCAUUUUGAGCAUGCUGGGUGCAAAGGCAUUUCCUGUGCAUGAGCUAUCAGAGGACGAGAGCAAAAAGAUGUUUUGGAAGUUUGCCUUUUAUGAUUCACUACCUAGUGAUCCGGACAUUGUGAAAGUUGCCGAGAGAAUAGCUAGCAAAUGUGAGGGGCUCCCUUUAGCUCUUGAAGUGAUUGGCAGUGCCAUGGCUGUCUACAGGAAUGAGGGGCCACAGGUGUGGAAAGAACGCUAUCAGAAGAUGCAUUUGUUGAAUGACGGGGACAUUGAGAAGCGGAUGUUCCAGCGCUUGAAGUUUAGCUAUGACGAGCUGGGACGCUUUAAUAAGGAUGAAAAGCUGCAAGAGUGCUUUCUCUAUGUGGCUGCGUUUCCAGAAGAUAAGCGAAUCCUGUUUGAUGAUCUGAGAAAAUGUUGGAUAGCGGUUGGGUCAGAACUCUCGCCUCUGCAGAUUGUUAGUGAACUGGAACGAAGAUGCCUAGUGAAGACAACUGAUUCUCGAUUCAGAUUCGAGAAUCAGAUUCGAUGGUAUAAGUAUGUAACUGUGCACGAUAUGGUACGCAAGCUGUGCAUAAGAAUCUUGAAAGGGAAGUACCCACCCCAGGAAGAGCACGAGAAGGGAUGCCUGUUUGGCUAUGAUUGUCCACCUGGGAUUUCUCCAACAUUUUCUAAAGUUUCAUUCAUUGGAAAGAAGGUUACAUACAGCCUUUUGUCUGACAUUCAUGUGCGAGAUGUCUUGCUUCUCGAUGGAUGUCAUGGAACUUCUGGUGUGGAUGUCAGUCUUAUUAUAGAUCACAUCCAAAAUGUCAAGGUAUUGAGCUUGCUUCACUGCUAUGAUCAGGUCCGUUUUAUUGCAGAGAGCAUAUCCAAGCUGAGAAACCUUCAAGCGCUUGACCUUCGAUAUUCAAGUGUGACAAUAUUACCAGAUGCGCUCUUCAGCUUGACAUCACUGAAGGUUUUGAAAUGCAAUAACAUCAGAAAAUUCAACUUUGCAUUACUGCGCCAAUUAUUCAACUUGGAAGAGCUGGAGCUUUAUGCCAAUAAGGAGUUAGCUGUGGAUUUGAGUGGAAUUUCAAGCCUACACAAGCUAAGACAUUUAACGCUAGUACUCUGUAGUGCAACAAUAAAAAUACCUCACGGCCUUGGUGCACUAGAGGACAUUGAGACACUGGAGUUGCGGGCAAAAAGCAUGGACUUUGGCGAUUUCACCGGCCUGUGGCAACUUGUCAAUCUAAGACGAUGUCACGUUAGGGUGAUAUCGACUAUCAAACUUGACUGGAAGCGAAUGUUUAAGAAUUCCAAACAGCUUGAGGACUUUUCCAUUACCGGGAGGGUACAAGACGGUGAAAACAAUGCCGAAACCCUUGAAUGGCCACAGCUACAAUUUUUAACCAUCAGGAGCAUCAAAGACCUGUCUUGGCUAAAGGGCUUUCAACGGCUACGAGAACUUGAGAUAGACUGCAGUGAUAUCCAGUUCUUCAGUCUCGAUGGAUUGUUCCCAUGCCUCGAACAUCUGGAGCUUCGAAAUCUGCGCAUUGCACAGUCGGAGUUCAAGGAUGAUUUGGCAGCAAGUCUUCCAAACCUGGAGAGGUUAACAUUCCUUGUGGCUCUUGAUAAUACAUGGGAGCAUUUGCCUCUCUUUGUGACACAACUCCCCAAAGAGCUUGAUGAACUGAGAAUAGAAGGUUACAUGAGGAGAGUCUUGAUGCCAACCGAGAGAUCACAGCUGAAGGUGAAACAGUUCAUAUUAUAUUUGCGGAAGGGCUGUAUGAGGCAGCUCCCCAAUGAUUUCUUUGAGCCAACAGACCAGAUGACUCUUUUAAGACGUGUGCGCUUCUCUGGGAAAGAUAUUCCAUCAUCCAUUGCAUCUCUUCCAGGAUUGGAGGAACUUGUGUUCCCUGAUCAUGAUGCUGUAGUGUGGCCCCAAUUGAGUCCAGACAAUCACGGCCUUGGCUUAUUUCCAAGGCUCAAAUUCUUAUGGUGCCCAAAAGGUACGAAAGUUCCACCUUGGCUUGUGGAACGGCCGGAUCUCCAGAUAAGCUCUUGAAGAUCUGCGCAAAUGCUACACUAUUUUGCAUCACAAGCAGGACAUUAAAAAACGAAAACAGAGAUUUCACACCGUCAGCAGCGUUUGGAGAAGAAACAGUUUCUUUUUUUCUUACAAAUAGUAUUCUCGGGAUAUUACUUUACUCUCGUAACCUUGUUUCCAGAUCUAAGAUGUGACAGCAGCAAGAUCGAGUCCUUGGCCUUCUUUUCCACAAGCCUCCAACGCAUUGGAGCCAUGGUUACCAUUUUCUUGCAUAAUUACUGUCAGUGCUAUGAACGUCGGCCUUGCCCUCGUCUUGCUUUGGAGAUAUGGCCAUCUCGUCUGUCUCGGCCUGAGGCCUCUCAACACUGGGAUAUAAAGACUGUGACAGUGAAUGCGGAACCGUUGCUCCAAGAGCUUGAAAGGCCGAGAAAUCUGCUCGAUCCAGGACAAUUCUCCCUGCUCCGUUUCUUAUUUUCUUUGCCCCUGCAACAUACAUCCACUGCUGCUUACCAGCAUCUAUUA